AGUAAAGUCCAUAAUCUGUGGUAAAGUCUGUGCAUAACCUCGAAUCGGACCACUUAUUUUGUUAAAAUUUGAAAAAUACCUAUUAAUUAUUACAAAAAUGACAUCCAUAAAAUUGUAUUCUGUUGGGAGGCUCGUGAAACAUCUAUCGGAAUCAACACUAACGACUUUGCGAGGGAAUAUAUACAGGACUUCAACUCGAUAUUACAGUGCAGAGGAGAAGACAGCAGAGAAGGACUCAAAUGACAAAUUACCUGGAACAAUUGAGGAGUGCCACAAACAGAUUGAGGCACUAACUACAGAAGUAACCACCCUGAAGGACCAGGUCAAAGAUAUUGAGGACAAGUACAAGCGGGCGCUAGCCGACAGCGAGAAUAUGCGCCGGCGCAUGAUGAAGCAAGUGGAGGACGCCAAGUCGUUUGCUAUACAAAGCUUCUGCAAAGACUUACUCGACGUGGCGGACACACUGUCCGCGGCGGCGGAGAGCGUGCCGGAGAGCGCGGUGUCGGACGGCGCGGGCGACGCGGCGCUGCGCUCGCUGCGGGACGGCGUGCUGCUCACGCGCGCGCAGCUCAACCAGGUGUUCGCGAGACACGGUCUGGUGGCGGUGUCGCCGUUACGCGAGAAAUUCGACCCGAAUUUACAUGAAGCACUAUUCCAACAGGAGGUGGAGGGCGCGGAGCCAGGCACGGUGGUGGCCGUCAGCAAGGUCGGCUACAAACUGCACGAGCGCUGCGUCAGGCCCGCGCUAGUCGGCGUCGCCAAGCACUCCUCUUAGUGCACCCCCUAGUGCCGUUCCAAAUAUGUGACAGUGAUACGUGCCAGAUCAGUGAUGUGUCUAGUGGUUAUUUUUGUAUUGCGACAAAGUGAAACGCAAGAUUGAAGUCUAUACCCGCUUCUCGGUAAGCGAUACUUUUAGUUUAAACUUUUGGAUACUUAAGCACUUUGUACGACUGUUCUGUUGUUGUUUUUUUGCUUUAAUUUAUAUAACCUGAUGUGCGAUUAGGAUGUUACAGGAAUUACUAUGUAGCACAAAUUGGAAAUGUCAAAGAAAUAAUUGUGGAUUUGGUCAGUCUCUGUCGCACAAUAUUAAAUAUUGAAGAAAAAAUAAUGUAAAAUACACAUUUGAGCGGUCUUCGAGUAUUUUGAAUCAAGAUUACUAUAACUAUGUAAUGAAUAGAUUCUUAGCUGUAAUGACUGUAAUAUUUCUUUUAGUAAUUUAUUUAUUGACUUAAAGAAAUUAAAGAUUGACAACUAAUUAGUCUGAAAUUAUAUCUAUUAGAGAUAAGGCUACGUACAACCUGGUAAAUUUUUGUCUCCUAUCACUGUGCUCGAGAAUACGACAGGAGCACUGUAAAUUACUAUGACAAAAAUCACCAGUGCACACAUAGCCUUAUAUGAGAAUGAGUUUCUCUAGAUCAAUAACAGCUCAUAUGUUGUGUAAUUAAUUUACAUAGUCAAUUUCGUAUAAACUCGUCUGAAGGUGACAGAGCCAAAAGCAGUUCUUUUAGUUCUUAUCUAAAAUAAAGGCUGCAUACAAACAACUUUUUUUUUUCUGUCAAACGUGAGACCUCUGCUGACCUGUCAGUGGCAGGAUAAAUUGCGACGAACUGACAUGUAUGUUCAUAAUGUCACACAACAACACUACUCUGAGGACUACUGAUUAGAUUGUUCUGUCCUGUUAGGUGCACUUGAGGCAGCUGCUAACAACAGGGAGUCAUAUUAUACUGAUGAGAUUGGAGCCAAUUCUGAUGUACUAUUAUAACUAACUAUAUUUUGGAUAUACUUUAACAUUCUUCCACAGUCAAAAUGAAAUCAAAAAAAUUUAUACUCCUUUAUAAGGUUAUUUCUGCUAUCCUAGUUGUUUACAAAAUUAAAACUAAAUUUAGUUGUUUGUGCCAACAGAAUUGCCACCAUUGUCACGUUUCACACCACAAUCGUAGUCUGUGCGCGGCCUUAUCAUGACCAAGUCAUAAAUGUAUUUAUUACGUAAAUUUAUCCAAUUCAAGUCACAAGUAUUCUUUGUUUAAAUGAGUUUGUAAAAGAAUUUCUACAAUAUAUUUAUAUCUAUUUUCUUUGUAAAACUACAUGUGACCUACUUAGUUUUAGAAUUGAUGCAUUUCUCACUUCAAAAACUUAUAUUAAUUACUUGAUAUUAUAAAAUGGAUUUUAGAAAUGUGAGGCCUAGGUUUAUGUAUUAUUUUAAUAGUUAUUUUAAUUAUGUAUUCAAGUAUGUGGUGAGUCAUAUAUGUAGAUGGCGCUGCGUUGAACAUUUAUACUAGUAAUCACAAUUAUUUUUGUAAAAAUAAUAUUAUAUUCUUGCCUCAUCCUCAAUAUUAGUAUAAUUACUUACUAACUUAUUUGAAUAUUACACUAUGAUUACCACUUUCAGCAGUAUCUUUAGAAGAUUGGGAAACUUAACCACUCCACCGACCACUCUGCAUUUGCUUUUUAAUGCUCGGCCACUUAGGGCGAAUUACGAAAUGGCUAAAAGAAAUCGCAUUGUAAUUAUGUGUACUUUUUAAUAUUAAGCCAAUAAAAUUAGAAAAAAUUAAACCAGAAAUCGCCUUUUUCUACGAAAGUAAACAUAAUGCUGAAAGGGGCAACACUUAGGCAUGACUAAAUAGUAUACUAAAUUAGUUGAUAAUUAUACUAAUCUCUUCGGAUGAGGCACUUGAGGCAUAAUUAUGAUCGAACUUCAUUUAGGCAUAUCAUUUGAUCAAUGAUAAGCAUUUAAAGUUGUUGCAAAAAUAGAUGGCAAUAUUGUUAAUAUGUAUAAAAUAUUUUUAGAUACCAAAAAUUUACUUACAUUUCAAGUGUCUGAAAGGUAACAUUUGAAUACUUGAAUUUUUGUUAUUAUUGAUUAUGGUAGUAUAUUUAAAAUUCAAAACAUGUUAACAUUUAAUUAACAGGCUAUACAAAAUGACCCAUAAAUAGAAUUAAUGGUGUCUUUGGUACACCAUGUGUUUUCUUAUUAUAGGUACCUACAUAGAUUAUCCAAAGAAUUUUAAUAAUAUUAGUGGAAUCGUGAAUGUUGCUAUUGAUUUAUUAAAAAUCUAUUGGCAUUAGCAUCCUAUCAUUCCAUUGACUGUUGAAUUCUACUGAAAAUGAAUGCAUAGUUCAGUCCAUUAAAAAGGGGCUUUCUACGUCCGAUUUUAAACCUUAAUAUAUUGAGGGUAGAGGUCAAAAUCAGCUGUGGAAAUUUAACAUAUUGUAGUAACCUGACGCGCUACUGUGUGUACUUAUAGCGUAGUGACUGGAAAUAUCUUGAGUAUGUAUUGUUACGAAUGCUUGUGAAGUUGUAAUUUUCUGAGCUUUAGAAUUAUUAUAAAGUAACAAAUAAUACUAGCUGUUUUCUGCAGACCUGAAGUGACUUUCCCCUGUUAAUUAUAGCACAUGUUACCCGCAUACGAUGUAGCUUCCUGUAAGCAAAAGUUUAAAAUGGGUCCAUAGUAGCUUCAAAUCAUCAAUAUGUAUAAGUUCAAUUUUAUUCUUCUUCUUUUUAAUUAAUGGCGUUGUCCUUGUGGAUUUCGCUAGAAUCCAGGUCAAUAAGGCACGCUAUUUAUCCAAAACUGUCAAAUCGAUUGCUACUGAUUUUAAACCAUAAUAUUUUCAGGGUAGAAUACAAAAUAGCUUGUGGAAAUUUAACAUGUUGUGGUAGUAUGUGCAGCCUUGUGUACAUUAAUAUCAGUUACUAUUGCUAUAAGUGCCAGUUGCUUAGUAGUUGGUUUAUAUGUAGUUAUACUGAGGGAGAGCACACAUUUUUGGUUGGAGCGACUUCAACGUUAUGUAAAUAAUUUAAAAAUAUUAUAAAGAAGAAUGUGUGUGUAUCUUGAUUAUAAAGAUGUACAUUUCCAAUUGUUGGCGUGUACUAAUGCGCAUAUGUUGGUGGAAUUGUUUAUAAAAUAAAUGAUUUUGUUGUUCGACAUGCAUUUUUUAAUUACUGUUUUAUGGUCUGUUUUGCCUGAGCUUUUGUCUACAAGAAAGACCUGGAGCCCAGCAUUUAGAAAAUUGAAUAACAUAUACAGGGUUAUGGAUAAUUAGACCGGAUCCUAUUAAGGGGCCAUUUAUAAUUUUUAUUCAUUUCCAAAUUUACAACAACCAAAAAUAUAUUUCAGGUCAAGCUUAUUUGGGUUUUAUUAUUAUUUAUCACGAACUGGAAUAUUAUUUCUCCAAAACUGUCAACAAAAUUAGAUUCUGACUAUAAUUUAAUUUAUAACAACUUUUUUAAAGAAAAAAAUUUAUACAAUUUAUCACAAAAAUAGCACACUUUCAGAUACACAAUGUGAGGUGAAUAUAAUUGUAAAUGACGUCCUUUAUGACCCCUUCAUAGGAUCCUGUCUAAUUACCCAUAACCCUGUAUCAUAACGAUUUUAUA